GUAUCUCGCGCAUGCGCGUUUACAUUUCUUUCAUUUACGUGUCAUUCCGGCGAUGUACCGGUGUUUGUGAAUCAAUUUUGAAUUAAAACUCAUCGAAAUAAUGAAACUCCUUCCGUUUGUGUUCCUCACGGUUUGUGUUUUUAUCUCAACAACACACGGUAGUAUUAAUGGUUAUAUUACGCCUGGUGAUAGAAAUAGACUUCUCGAAGCCCUUACGAAGGGUUUUGUAAAAUUACAAGAAGGGGAUGUGGUUACUGUGUAUCAAGCAGCUAAAGGAUUUGAAUUGUUGGGUCAAAAAGUGGUGAAGGUGUUGUUUAUGGAUGCUUGCGCUCAUUUGAAGGAUAAUUUCAAGGAAGAUUCAACCCCGGAAGCGGCUUUUCAUGCAAUUUCCACCUGGACGAUACUCAAAUGCGAAGGAAAAUUGUAUUCUGACGUACAUUUAAACGUUUUAAAGGUGGCUUUAGGUAGCGAUAAAUCUUCAACGUCCGAUUUGCGAUAUGCAGCGGAGACUUUACAUGUUUUAAACAUUCCAAUUCCGAAUCCUGAGAAGGUGGGAAAGCUUUUACAGGCUAAAUUAAAAGAAGAUGAUGGAUUGCAAAGUUUAGGACAUGCUUUGCAUUUGUCGUCAUUGUUGGGGAAUGCUGGUAAAUUCAUUUUGGAUCGUAUUGAAGAUGUUGUUGUUCAAGCAGAUGAAGUUGAUGGGAAAAUGUUGCAAUGGGAAGGUGGGCUAACUAUAACAGGCUUACUUUUAACUGGGUUAUUCCGUGUUCCCGGGGCUAAGCCACUUACGGAAGCUCAAGCUGAUAAAUUUGCUGUUUAUUUAUUGAGUAGAAGGAGUGUUCAAACUCCACGUGGGGCUUUAGCUUUGAUUCAAUCCGCUCAAGUUUUAGCUUCAAGUUCAGUAUCACCCGUUAGUUUAACCAUUUCUGGACCACCUCACGUAACGUCCGAUAAACCAGAUUUAACCAUAAAACUCACCAAUUUAUUAGGAGAACCUUUAAAAACUUUACCAAGCCCCGUUGUUGCGCAAUCAGCAAUUAGAAUUACCGAUGACGUCGUUGUUUUAAGCAAACAACCACUUACACCAGGCAAAGAAUCUAAAACAGAAUUUAUCUUACCCUUAAGAUUAGAACCAGGACAAUAUAAAUUAGCUCUUAGUGCAGGACAACACACCUCAACGUUUACUGUAAGAGUUUUGGGUCCAAUUACUUUAAAAAAUUUAGAAGUUGGGUUAGGAGACGCCGAUGGAGCUUCAGCACCAAAGUUGUAUAAAUUAAACUAUAAUUCCCAAUUAGAUCAAGUUCUCCAAGCUGAUUCUACACACAAUCUAAUUAUGAAAUUUAAUUUACCUCGCCCUGUUCAUCAAGCUUUCUUACGUUUAUCAGCGGGAAAACGCGAAAUUAUCUUUAUAGCUGAAAGGGAUACAUCGCAAUCGUACAAAAUGAGUGUAAAUCUUGCUUCUGAACUAACAUCUUCUGGUAAAUUUGAAAUGGAAUUGAUUAUUGGAGACGCAAUCGUAAGUAAUCCGUUCAGAUGGAAGUUAGGUUACGUUCAGGUGAGUGUGUCGCAAAGUGGCGAAUCGGAAGAAAAGAUUCAAUUGACCGGGCCAAAACCGGAAAUUGAGCAUCUAUUUCGUCAACCGGAAAAACGCCCACCUCAAACUGUCUCGCUUCUUUUUACUGCGUUGGCUGGAGCGCCUUUACUCUUAUUGUUCGUUUUGUGGGGCAGGAUUGGAGUCAACAUCAGCAAUUUUAGCUUUACUGCUAUCCCUUUUCACAUUGGAUUCGCAGCAAUUCUUGGUUUGUUUGCGUUAUUUUGGCUCCGUUUAGAUAUGUUUGUUACUUGCGGAUGGUUGUUGCCCAUCGGAGGAUUCACCUUUUUAUCAGGAAAUGUUUUACUUAAUAAAAUUGCUAAACAGCGGAAAUAAAAAAAAAGCGUGCAUUUAGUUUAGAAAUUUAAAUUCUUUAUC